AUUAAGGGGCCGCCUGCCCGGUGCUGUCAAUUAAUCCCUGUGUCUGAGAGGGCAGCUGUGAGUGGUGGGGAGAAGGCACUUCCUGGCUGGUGGCCGGCCGCAGGGCAGGUGUCAGGAUGUUGGGCUGGGUCCAGAGGGUGCUGCCUCAGCCUCCAGGGACCCCACAGAAGACCAGGAUGGAGGAGGAGGAGGGGGCCGAACCAGAGCCGGAGCCGGACCUGGAGGCGGAGCUGGAACCAGCGCCAGAGCCUGACACAGCCCCCCGGGAGGCCAAGCUAGAAGGCGAGUGGCUGCCUCCCGAGGAGCCAUUGGAAGUGGAGGAAGGAGCUGUGGCUGCCCCCGGCCCGCAGGAGACCCAGAAAGCCGCCUCUACUCCGCCCUCAUCCCUCCAGGCCCAGCUUGCUGUGGACCCUGGAAUGAACAGUCCCAGCGCCUGGGUGCUGACCUGGCUGAGGAAGGGCGUGGUGAAGAUCAUCCCACAGCCCGUCCAUAGCACUGCAGUCGGCUUCGAGGGCCCCGGUCAGGCAGGAGCUCAGAUCCUUGGGCACUGCAGCACUGGGGCCUCAGAUGGAUCCAACGAGGCCUCCAGGGCAAAGGACACUGGGCCUGUGCCCUGGCUGCUCAGGUGGUUGGAGCAGCACCUGGGGAAAGUGCUGCCUCAGCCUCCAAAAACGUCCGAGGGCUGCAGAGACGAGCCUGCAGACGCUGCCUUGGGCCCAGAGCCCCCAGGGUGCUCCUUGGAAACGGAGCCCGUGCUGCAGGCCCCGGAGAGUCCCCCCCUGCCCACUCCUGGCCCCCCGGAGCCCGAGGAGGAGCCCCAGGAGGAGCCCCAGGAGGAGCCCACUCCAGAGCCCCAGCCGGGCUUCCAGGCUUCCUCCCUGCCACCCCCUGGGGACACUGCCAGGUUGGUGGAGUGGCUCCUGCAUAGACUGCAGAUGGCCCUGCCGCAGCCCGUGCUCCGUGGGAAGGCUGGGGAGCAGGAGCCUGAUGCCCCGGGGACGUGUGACGUGCAGACCAUCAGCAUCCUCCCUGGAGGCCAAGAGGGGCCCGGUGAUCUCAUCCUAGAAGAGGUCGACCCUCACUGGGAGGAGGACCAGGCUCAGGAUGGCAGCGCCAGCCCGCAGGGAGCAGCAGCGGUGGCGUCAGCUUACGCGGAGGAGAACAAGGCUGGGGAAGAGACGUCCAGGGAGUUUUCCUGGAUUCAAGAGGACAAAGAAGAUGAGGAGGAUGGGGAGGAAGAGGAAGAUGAGGAGGAGGAGGAGGAGCCUGAUGUCCUGCUGGAUAGCUGUCUGGUGGCAGAGGCCGGCGCGGACCUGGGCGGCAUAGACAGGACGGUCACCCAGAGGGAUUCCUGCCAGGAAGAAGCCGCAGCCGCCAGCUCAGGAGGCCAGGACCAGCCGCCUGGCCAGGUGGCCCCCCUAAACCCGGUGGAGCACCUCCCCAAUGUGCCCAGCUACUGCCCCCCAAUCACCCGCAUCCCCGUCCUCGUCUCCCGGAGGACGACCUUGUCCAACUCCAGCUUCGCCAAGGAGACCAGGCGCUCCGUCCGUCGCCUAGCCUCCUCUCCCCAAGUGCCUGCCACAGAAGAGCACCCGGAAGUGCAGGUGGAAGACACUGAUGCUGACAGCCACCCCCUCAUCGAGGAGGACAAGCCACCCUCACCCGAGCGGCUGCCACCGUCUCCUGCCAAGUCCGACACCCUCACAGUCCCGGGAUCGGCCGCGGGGACCCGCAGGAAGAGGCUGCCCUCCCAGGAUGAGGAAGCGGAAGAGAUCAAGGAGCUGUCACCGGCCGAGACCCCUGUGGUCGCCUGGCCCGACGCCCCCACCCCGCAGGGCACAGACGACCAGGACCGGGCGUCCUCCUCCGCCAGCCAGAACAGCGCCGUCAUCAACGAGCGGCUGCAGGAGCUGGUGAAACUCUUCAAGGAGCGGACGGAGAAGGUGAAGGAGAAGCUCAUUGACCCCGACGUCACCUCCGACGAGGAGAGCCCCAAGCCCUCUCCCGCCAAGCAAGCCCCGGAGCCGGCCGCGGGCACGACGCCCGCCGGGGAGGCGCAGGCGGAGGAGGAGCACUACUGCGACAUGCUCUGCUGCAAGUUCAAGCGCCGGCCCUGGCGGAAGUACCAGUUCCCCCGGAGCAUUGACCCGCUGACCAACCUGAUGUACAUCCUGUGGCUGUUCUUCGUGGUGUUGGCCUGGAACUGGAACUGCUGGCUGAUCCCUGUGCGCUGGGCCUUCCCCUACCAGACGCCGGGCAACCUCUACUUCUGGCUGCUGAUGGAUUACCUGUGCGACCUCAUCUACUUCCUGGACAUCACUGUGUUCCAGAUGCGCCUGCAGUUUGUCAGGGGCGGGGACAUCAUUACAGACAAAAAGGAGAUGCGCAAUAACUACCUGAAGUCUCCCCGCUUUAAGAUGGACCUGCUGUGCCUGCUGCCCUUGGACUUGCUCUACCUGAAGUUCGGCGUGAACCCCCUCCUGCGGCUGCCCCGCUGUCUGAAGUACAUGGCCUUCUUUGAGUUCAACAACCGCCUGGAAUCCAUCCUCAGCAAAGCCUACGUUUACAGGGUUAUCAGGACCACCGCCUACUUGCUCUACAGCUUGCACUUGAACUCCUGCCUGUAUUACUGGGCAUCGGCCUAUCAGGGCAUUGGCUCCACCCACUGGGUGUACGAUGGCGUGGGGAACAGUUACAUCCGCUGUUACUACUGGGCUGUGAAGACCCUCAUCACCAUCGGGGGGCUGCCCGACCCCAAGACGCUGUUUGAAAUCGUCUUCCAGCUGCUGAACUAUUUCACGGGCGUCUUCGCUUUCUCCGUGAUGAUCGGACAGAUGAGAGACGUGGUGGGGGCCGCCACAGCCGGGCAGACCUACUACCGCAGCUGCAUGGACAGCACCGUGAAGUACAUGAACUUCUACAAGAUCCCCAGGUCCGUGCAGAACCGCGUCAAGACCUGGUACGAGUACACCUGGCACUCCCAAGGCAUGCUGGAUGAGUCGGAGCUGAUGGUGCAGCUUCCAGACAAGAUGCGGCUGGACCUGGCUAUCGACGUGAACUACGACAUCGUCAGCAAAGUGGCGCUCUUCCAGGGCUGUGACCGGCAGAUGAUCUUUGACAUGCUCAAGCGGCUGCGCUCUGUCGUCUACCUGCCCAAUGACUACGUGUGCAAGAAGGGGGAGAUAGGGCGCGAGAUGUACAUCAUCCAGGCGGGGCAGGUGCAGGUCUUGGGCGGCCCUGACGGGAAGUCCGUGCUGGUGACGCUGAGAGCUGGAUCCGUAUUCGGAGAAAUAAGCCUGCUGGCGGUCGGAGGCGGGAAUCGGCGCACGGCCAACGUGGUGGCCCACGGCUUCACCAACCUCUUCAUUCUGGACAAGAAGGACCUGAACGAAAUCCUGGUGCAUUAUCCCGAGUCUCAGAAGUUGCUCCGGAAGAAGGCCAGGCGCAUGCUGAAGAGUAACAGCAAGCCCAAGGAGAAGAGCGUGCUCAUCCUUCCUCCGCGGGCCGGCACCCCCAAGCUCUUCAAUGCCGCCCUGGCCGCAGCGGGAAAGAUGGGCGCCAGGGGGGCGAAAGGCGGCCAGCUGGCCCACCUCAGGGCUCGGCUCAAAGAGCUGGCUGCGCUGGAGGCGGCUGCCAAGCAGCAGCAGCUGCUGGAACAGGCCAAGAGCUCGGAAGACGCGGCGGGAGAGGUGGGCUCCGCUGCCCCGGACCAGCCUGCGCCCCAGGAACCCCCAGCCCCAGGCUCUCAGCCUCCCGCCUCGCCCGGGGGCGCCAAGGAGGAGGCAGCUGGUCCCCAGGAGGAGCAUUCGGUGCGGAUCCGCGUGAGCCCCGGCCUGGACCCUGGCGAACAGAUCCUGUCAGUGGAGAUGCCGGAGGAGAAGAAAGAGGCGGAGUGAGGGGUCCACCCCCACCCCACCCAGCAGCCCAGCAGCCAAGACGCUGGUCCACAGUGGUGGCCUGGGGGGCCCUCGGCUAACUGCUGGCCCUCAUUCCUGCUCCCACACCAGCUUCUCCCAGGCUGGUCUUGACAUCACCCACUUCCCUAGUGUCCCUAAGUCCCACCGUCACCUGAGAACCCUGCCUCCCUUGACUAAUAUUUUCAAGGACAAAUACAGUUUUUUCUAGUUUGCAAGUUCAUAGGCAGAGGCUAGAAUGGGGCUUUAACACCAGGGGACGCUUUGCUGGAGGUCAAGGGUUUUGAAUGUUGGGGGUUUCCCUUCAGGAAUCUGUCUUCCAUGUUCCAAGGACAGGAAAUGUCCAGCAGAAAGGUGGGCAGUUGUACUGUCCUUUUUUAUUUUAUGAAUUUUUUAAAACAUAUUUUUUAUUGAUUUCAGAGAGGAAGAGAGAGGGAGAGGAAGAAACAUCAAUGAUGAGAGAGAGUCAUCAAUCGGCUGCCUUCUGCACACCCCCUGCUAGGGAUCCAGCCCACAACCUGGGCAUGUGCCCUGAUGGGGAAUUGAACCAUGACCUCCUGGUUCAUAGGUCAAUGCUCAACCACUGAGCCACGCCGGCCGGGUGAGCCACUGUUACUUUUCACUUGAUUUAUUUGGGAGUGUCUUCCGUUUCAGCACAUAAAGGGCGUGCUUGUUUUGUUAUAAUUGCACUCUAGUCCGUAUCUGGAAAUAGCGUAACAUUGAAUUGCUCUACCAUUGACACGCAUUUGCAUUAUUUCCCAUCUUAUGCCGUUAAACAGAACGCUUCAAUAGAAAAUCGCACACAGACAUCAUUUCACUGGUAAACACUAUUUCUAAGUAGGAGAAGUCUGGAGGUUUGGGCUAAUUCUUUUUCUUCAUCAUUAUUCCCAUUUAUCAUUCUCAUAUUUCCAUUAUGUAUUCUAAUAGAGGUCCAAGCAUAGAGAAUGCUUUCAUCUUGAGCAAGUACUGCAGAUAUAUCAACACAGUAAGCGUAUUGCCCUUCAGUAGAUGACAACAUGUUUCAAGGUCACCCUCUCUGUGAGAUCCUAUUUUAUGAGGAUUUGUUUGUUUGUUUUUAAUAUAUUUUUUAUUGAUUUCAGAGAGGAAGAGAGAGGGAGAGAGAUAGAAACAUCAAUGAUGAGAGGGAAUCAUGAAUUGGCUGCCUCCUGCAUGCCCCCUACUGGGGAUGGAGCCCACAACCCGGGCAUGUGCCCUGACCAGGAAUCAAACCGUGACCUCCUGGUUCAUAGAUCAAUACUCAACCAUUAGCCAUGCCAGCUGGGCUAUGAGGAUUUUUUAAUAUGAAUGUACUUAUUCUUUUAGAUCUCAACCCUUGAAUAUAUACUGCUUAUUAUAUAAAGCGAGAGAUUUGUGAGGUUCCCAAGAAUUGUCCUGGAAAGAAAAUUGAUUUUGAGACGAGAUUAACAGUGUCUUAAUUUCACUGAGCCAUCCUCAUUAAACUGGACAAUAUCACAGAACCUUGGAUAUUAGGUAGAUUGAAUUGGAGGCUGGCAUUAUUCUCCAAAUAGAAUCGGAUGGGCUGAUUGCCCAGGUGUGGAUGGAACAACUCAGAAACACUAAUUCUGCCGCUGAACCGGGACCUAUAUUUAUGUCUGUGGAAUCUCGACUAAUUUAAAAUGUCUCAGCGUUUCCUGCAUUCGGGUAGGAAAUGAAUAGCAAGCUAUUUUUUCUAACUACAUAAACAUUUUAAAUAAAAUUAAAACCAAGAAGCUGCUUAAAAUUCCAUUAUCAAAAUGCGUUCAGCUCCCUGGAAUAUUUUCAGCUGUUUUCUUAGCAAAUGGGAGCCCCGCCUUUCGCGCUCUGGCUUUCA